AUGUCGGCGCCCCGGAGGCUGGGAGGUGGCCGCAUCCUGGGCAGCGGCAGCAAGGGGCUCGCCCCGCCCUCGUCGUCAUCCUCGACUCCCGCUCCAGGAGGUGCCAACCCACGACGGGCCAGCGCCAACACAGCUCGCGCCGUGAGCCCAUUCCCGCCCUCGGAAAGCAGUGUUAGCGUCGGCUCGUAUCAUUCGAGACUCUCGUCUCCCAACUCCCUCUCGCCGCCUUUGUCCAGCACGCUUCCGCCCUUCGCCCAGGAUCUCGUCUCCCAUGUCAGUCUCGCCGGUCCCUCGAACCGCGCCUCCAGCAGCGGAGGGCUGGUUUGCCCAAUAUGCAACGAGGAAAUGGUUACUCUGCUCCAGCUCAACCGCCACCUAGACGACGUGCACCAGGAGCUCCCCGAGGCCGAGCAGGACGAGGUCAAAUCGUGGUUCGACAAGCAGGUGCUCAAAGCCAAGCGGUUCCAGCCGCUGUCUCUGAUCAACCAGAAGCUACGCGGCAUGGACGUGUUCGAGUCCAACGAAAGCCAACCUGUCUCAGCGCCGGCAGCCCCCGGCCGGAUUGCAGAAACUGUUGUCGAUCCCGAGGAGCUGGUGACGAGGAAACACUGGCAGAGGCCAUCGGGCAACGACACAUGCACAGACCCGACAUGCGAUAGGAAAUUGGGACCGCUGAGCGGCAGCGUAAAUUGCAGGAAGUGCGGGAGGUUGUUCUGCGAGGAGCACACAAUGUACCAAAUGAAGCUGUCGAGGUCAGCCAACCACGAACCGGUCCGGGGCAUCUGGUGUCGCGUGUGCGAGACGUGCUACAAGUCGAGGGGGGGCUACAAUGACCACAAUGGUGUUUCACGAGACCAUACGACGGACUUUGCUGCCGUGCGUGCCAGGAAGGUGGAGAGGCAACGCCUCGAGGUCCAGAGGCUGGAGAAGAGGUUGACCAAGCUGACUAGGCUGUUGGCCGAGGGGCCUCAGGACGCGGGUGUCAACUCCGCGUUGCUAUCACCGCUCGGCGGGGCAAAACACAUCAGAAAGACUAUUGAGCAAUCUGUGGUGGCUUGGGAAGAAGAUGCGUCUGUGGCGAGGUGCCCGUUCUGCAAGCAAGAGUUUCGGUCUUGGACGUUUAGGAGGCAUCACUGCAGGAUAUGUGGCAGGGUUGUGUGUGCGGAUCCGGCGACGGGGUGUUCGAGUGAGAUUGGAUUCAAUGUCGCAACCCCAACCGCUUUGCCCGCAGCCGAGAAGCCAACCGGUGGUGGCCAUGUCAGUGUCGAUGUCAGGAUGUGCUGCGACUGCAAGACGACCAUCUUCUCACACCGAGAUUUUACUGAUUCGAUUACCCACAAGCCUUCGGAUCAGAUCGCGUACGAGAACCUACGCCAGUUUGAGCUGGGCAUCCGAAAUAUGAUGCCAAAAUUCCACAAAGCACUGAUAGCAUUGCAGCCGCCUGACGAUAACAGCAACAAACCACCGCCAACACACGCCGAGAUCCAGCACGCUGCCAGCAUUCGCAAGCGCCUCACAUACUCGUUUCGCCAAUAUGGCGAGGCAGCAAAGCGCAUUCAGAACAUGCCCACCGACAGCCCUACGCAACGGAUGCUUCAACAAAAGAUUUAUGCCGCUGCUUCGGCCUUCAUGCACACCAAUAUGCUUCCCCUGAAGAGCCUGCCAUCUAUUUUGAAAGCCAGCGGGCCGGGCCACCGGCGCUUGCUCUCCAACGGGCCGUCGCACUCGCCCCUGCGAAACGGCGAGUCGGCCACAUUCGAUGCCGAAACUUCCAGCGUGGGAGGGGCGAGCGAGGUCAGCACCGCCGUGUCGGCUCUCGAGACAGAGGAGAAGGAGGCAAAGGAGAAGCUGAUUGUCUUGGAGGAGCAGCGGUUUAUGGUGCUCGAGAUGCUCAAUCAUGCAAGGGCGGCGAGGAGAUUCGAGGAGGUCACGGCGUUGACCAAGAACAUCGAGGAGCUGGACAGGGAAAUUGAAGGCUCAAAACGAACUGUGGCCGAUGUUGCGGAGAAGUUCCAGGGGCUUUAUGUUGGAGGAGCAUGA